AUCCCGGCCCGGACUUUCGCACUGGGCGCGGCGGGAACUCCUGGACAAAGUUGGGGACCGGCCUGGGCAGCGCGAUGUCAGCGAGUGGCGCGGCCGCGGAGACCCCGGGCUGCGGCCCGCGGGUGGUGGUGGUGGGCAGCGGCCUGGCGGGGCUGAGCGCGGCGCAGAGGCUCAGCGACCACCCGGUAGGCCCGCACCUGCGGGUCCUGGAGGCCACGGACCGAGCCGGGGGCCGCAUCCGCUCAGAGCGCAGCUUCGGUGGUGUGGUAGAGAUGGGUGCGCACUGGAUCCAUGGGCCUUCGAAGGGCAACCCCAUCUUCCAGCUAGCUGCUGAGUAUGGGCUGCUGGGGGAGAAGGAACUGUCGGAGGAGAACCAGCUGGUGGACACCGAGGGUCACUUGGAACUGCCAUCCGUGUCCUACACCAGCUCUGGGGGCAGGGUGAGCUUGGAGCUGGUGGCGGAAGUGGCUGAUUUAUUCUACAGUCUCCUAGACCAGACAAAGCAGUUCCUGCACUCGACCAACUCCCCGGUGCCCAGCGUAGGGGAGUUCCUCAGAAUGGAGCUCAGCCACCUGGUGACUGGCUGGACCCACAAUCCAGAGAUCAGGCGACUCAAGCUGGGCCUACUCAACUCCUUCUUCAACUUGGAGUGCUGUGUGAGCGGCACCCACAGCCUGGACUUGCUGGCCCUUGUACCCUUUGGGGAGUACACGACGCUGCCAGGGCUGGACUGCACCUUCCCAGGGGGCUACCAAGGCAUCACAGAUCGCAUACUGGCCUCUUUGCCCCCAGACACCGUGAUUUUCAACAAGCCGGUGAAGACUGUCCACUGGGGAGGCUCCUUUCCGGACCCUGAAUGCCCUGGGCAGCGUUUCCCUGUGCUGGUGGAGUGUGAGGAUGGGGACAGCUUUGCCGCACAUCAUGUCCUGGUCACCGUGCCCCUGGGUUUUCUGAAGGAACACCUGGACACCUUUUUUGAGCCACAGCUGCCCCAGGAGAAAUCGGAGGCCAUCAGGAAAAUGGGAUUUGGGACCAACAAUAAAAUCUUCUUGGACUUUGAGGAGCCUUUCUGGGAUCCUGACUGCGAGCACAUCCAGGUGGUGUGGGAAGACGCGUCGCCCCUGGAACCUGCCUCAGAGCUGGAGCUGAAGGACUCCUGGGUCAGGAAGCUCUCAGACUUCGUGGUCCUGCCGCCUUUCAAGUCUGCCCAUGUCCUCUGUGGUUUCAUUGCUGGGCUCGAGUCUGAGUUCAUGGAGACGCUGUCGGAUGAGGAGGUGCUGCAGGCUCUGAUUCGGGUGUUGCGACGGGUAACAGGAAACCCUCUGCUGCCUGCACCCAGGGGUGUGCUGAGGUCUUGCUGGCACAGUGCGCCAUACACCCGGGGUUCCUACAGCUAUGUGGCUGUGGAUAGCACUGGGGACGACAUUGACCUGCUGGCCCAGCCUCUGCUUGUGGAUGGCAAAGACCCCCAGGUGCUGUUUGCAGGAGAAGCCACACAUCGCACUUUCUACUCCACCACCCAUGGUGCGCUGCUGUCUGGCUGGAGAGAAGCUGAGCGACUCCUAGGGCACUGGGGUCCCAGGACAGAGCAGAGACCCCUGAGGAGCUGAGCCCUCCCUGACUCUGUUCUUCCUGUGGAGGCCGACCUUACUCUCCUUACAUGCUCCCAUUCAGGGGAUUGUGCUGUUCAAGGGAACCCCUCUGUGAUGUACUCAUAAAGUGUUCCCACCUGCCCCUGA